AUAAACCCCAGCUGAAGUUCACCUUUACUUUUUUCCUUCCCAGCUGGUCUACACUUAAAAUCUGAAGCCAUUUCCUGCAACUACACCAGAUCCCCCCACAGCACAGGAGCCUGAAGCACCAAGGGUCCCUGCCUCUCAGCCUCAAACCUCAGCAACCCAGCCUGCGUCCCUUCACCUACAAUUUGUGAAACCUAAAAACAAGUGAACAACUUCACAAAGCCAGCUCUGGGUUUAUCAUUUCUUUACCCAACGUUCAACAGACUCACAUAAGAUAGUAAUCAGAGGUUAUCUCCAGAUAGCACCGAAAAUGCAGUGAAUUCCGACGAAGAGCCGCUUCUCAGAAAGAGCUCCCGCCGCUUUGUCAUCUUCCCUAUCCAGUACCCUGAUAUCUGGAAGAUGUAUAAGCAGGCUCAGGCAUCCUUCUGGACGGCAGAGGAGGUUGACCUAUCAAAGGAUCUGCCCCACUGGAACAAGCUCAAACCCGAGGAGAAGUAUUUUAUCUCUCACAUCUUAGCCUUUUUUGCAGCCAGUGAUGGGAUUGUAAAUGAAAAUUUGGUGGAGCGCUUCAGCCAGGAGGUGCAGGUCCCUGAGGCCCGCUGCUUCUACGGCUUCCAGAUCCUCAUCGAGAACGUGCACUCCGAGAUGUACAGCUUGCUCAUAGACACGUACAUCAGAGACCCCAAGAAGAGGGAAUUUUUAUUUAAUGCAAUUGAAACAAUGCCAUAUGUUAAGAAAAAAGCAGACUGGGCCCUGCGGUGGAUAGCAGACAGAGAAUCUACUUUCGGGGAGAGGGUGGUGGCCUUUGCGGCUGUGGAAGGCGUGUUCUUCUCGGGGUCCUUCGCCGCCAUCUUCUGGCUGAAGAAGAGGGGCCUCAUGCCGGGCCUCACCUUCUCCAACGAGCUCAUCAGCAGAGACGAGGGACUUCACUGUGACUUCGCCUGCCUGAUGUUCCGGUACCUGGUGCACAAGCCAGUGGAGGACAGGGUCCGGGAGAUCAUUGUGGAGGCCGUGAGGAUCGAGCAGGAGUUCUUGACGGAGGCCCUGCCAGUUGGCCUGAUCGGGAUGAAUUGUGUUCUGAUGAAGCAGUACAUCGAGUUUGUGGCGGACAGACUGCUGGUGGAGCUUGGAUUCUCCAAGGUUUUUCAGACAGAAAAUCCCUUUGAUUUUAUGGAAAACAUUUCUUUAGAAGGGAAAACAAAUUUCUUUGAGAAACGAGUUUCAGAGUAUCAGCGUUUCGCAGUAAUGGCAGAAACCACAGAUAAUGUCUUCACUUUGGAUGCGGAUUUUUAAACCUUUGCCUUUUGAAGACCCUAUAAACCUGUCAUUGAUAAACAACUGUUUGUUUUUCUCUGCGUUAAAAAAAUCUUGAAAUAUUUCCUUUAAGGGAAUGGAACUUUGAUCAAAAGGAAAUCUGUGACCAAAUUCUAAUCACGACGGAUAUGCACACAUGCACUCUAGUUUUCCUGCGCAAGAGUGAGACCUAAAUGCUUUUUCUUUUUUCUCGGCCCUAGGAUGUAAGAUGGUGGUAGUUAAGGGGACAGGGAGAAAGGUCAGCAAGGAGUUUGAGGUUCGGGCCUGCUCCUCUGUGCAACUCCUGGCAAGUCAGUCUCCAUAACCUCACCGCACUUGCCUUUAAGAUGGGUUUAGCAUCAAGUCCUGAGCUCGAGGUGAUGUGAGAUUAGGAUGCAAGAAUAAGUGCUCUACCAAUCCCACCGCCUCUGCUCCCCCCAUGACUGACAGGCUUCAUGGAGGGAAAAUCCUCCUCAUGGGGAGCACCCUGCCUGUCCGCCUCCUGAGGACACAGGCAGCCCCGGAUCGGAAACUGCAGGACGGGAGCUCCUCUCCCUGGCACCUUCCACACAGCUGAGCUCCUCACAGCACAGACUGGAACUGAGCAGCCCUACAGGAAGUGCACAAAGAUCGGGAAAGCAGGGCGAGGAGGACUGGAAGCAUUUAGUCUGUGCUGAGCUGAGUAGGUACCUGAGACUGACCCCAGCUGUCCCGAGAAAGCAUCCUUGUCACAGCACUGCGCAUGCACCCUGUGUGGUCUGAUGUCUCCUUUCCCCUGUGACGGAGCUAAGGCCGCCGGCUUCCCUCAGGGAGCCCCCUCCCGACCACAGGAAGCUGUGCUUCCUACAGCUCGGAGACUAAGUUUGCCCCUUCUGCAGCCUCCUGGUUAUAGAAGUGGGAGUUCUCAGUUGCGAAAGGAGCAGCUCUUCGGGUACCGUUAGUGUCAGGAGCCUGGGUAUUUUGGCUCGUGGUAGUUCAUUGGCUGUGGGCUUCAGGGUUUGCCAGGUGUCUUUUCAUCGUCACACGAAGCUGCUGUUGUUGAAACAUUGCAGGUGUGAGGAGUGAGGCUCGCAGAAACGGAAUGACUUGGCCAAGAGCUCAGGCACUGUCCCUGCGGUCUCAUUUUUUGUUAGUUUUUGCCAUCCAUCUAGAUUUGGUUUUGCUUAUUUCCUUUGUUAAUCCAUGUCGUCACAGGACUGAUGUGUAUGAUACUCUGGAGACUCAAAAUGUCCUAAGGAAACAUUUGAAUCAUAGUCAGUAUGUUAAAGGUUUUUACCUAUUGUCAUACAAGAACCGUGCUGGAAACUGAUCUGUGAUGGUGGCAGAGAGCACUGAAGGUGUACAGCAGUGGUGACAGAUGCCUUAAAGUCAAGCUUAUUUGUAGGAGCAAUCAACAACUAUUGGAGGAAGAAGUCAAUACUGAAAUACUGGAUUUUUAACACACUGGUUUAUUUUUAUUCAGUAUUCUGUGCCUCCAGGCUGCACUUUUAUUUAUUGUGUUUGGUACUUUGAGUUUCAGAUCUUAAAGAAAUAGCAGUUACGAAGUCUCCUUUUAAUAUAUUUUAUAGGUAAAGAAAAGAAAUUAAGAGUAUGUGUACAACUUUUCAUCACGUAGAUGCUUAAGUCGCUGUCGUGGUAGUUGAGUUUGCUAUUUAGAAUGUAAAGCCCCGUAGUUCUGUGACAGGCAGCAUGUGUUUCAGUGCUUUGUUGCAACGUGAAGAACAGAGCCUGGACAGGGUGGGCGGCUGGGCUUUGCCGUGCAGUUGUACGGUGGCCAGCGGCCAUUCUCGGCGUGGAAGUGGACGCAGCAUGUGCUGCUAUGUGAAAGUGAUUUCAGCUGUCUCGUUUAGUGUGUCCAGGUUAUUCUGUUUCUUUUUCAUUUGUGUAUGGAAAAAGUCAUCUCUAAAAAUGUAGCAGAUUGCAUAUUUAAAAAAUUAACCUUGAACAAGGGGAAAAGUGAGAACCAAGACCUGUCGUGUAAAGG